AGCUUAUGUAGCUUAACCGUCCCCCGUCGUCCUCCCCUAUCCAAUCAAGUCAUUCUAGCUUCCAACAUCACCAGUUCGACCUAUGCACAGAUAUACAGAUACCUAACAGGCUACAACAUAUUACACCCCUUAACCCCGAAACCUCCAAAGGGACACAUCGCGAUCUUCACCAUCGAAUGGCCCCUUGAAAUGCGGCUGCCUACGCCGUCCUACGUCCACCAUGUCCGUUGAGAUCUGGCCUCCCAUCUCGCCGGACGAGCUUAAAAUCCAGGAAGAUGCCACUCAGGCCCGCGAACUAACCUGGCUCCUAACAACCCUACACACGACGCUCGCCCAACUAAAACAAGGCCUCGAAGACUGCAGCGCGCUCCUCUCCCCGGCAAACGACACAUCAGGCAGCACGCUCGCGCUCACCACGCCGCGAAACGAGACGGUGAAGGGCCACACGACACGCAUCGGCACGCGUCUCGUGCGCGGGCUCAUCCACCUGAAACUGCGCACCGUGCCGGCGCAGACACUAGUCCUCGACCCGGCGCUCCCGGUCCGCGUAGCCGCGCUAGUACGCCUAGAUGCGCUGCUCGCGGCGUCCGUGGGCUUGUGUGUAGGGAUAGAAGAACACGCGACGGAGCGGGGGACGCCGGAGGCGGCGUAUUUAGCGACGCAGCUGCGGUUGCUGGCGCUGCAUAUCGCGGAGGCGGUUGCGCUGGUGAGAGGGCCUCCGCACGCAGCUCCGCCGCCGUCUCCGUCGCCUUCGCUGCGGCGACCGCAGUCGAAUGCCGGGCGUCCUACGACGCCGAGACCUAGCACCAGCGCGUCUGGAACCACGAAUCCAAGCUCUAACUCACGAUUAUCCGCCGAACAGCAAAAGCAGCAGCAGCAGCAACAGCCUCCUUCAGAUAUAUCCUGGACCACCUCCUCGAUCUCACUAUCCCACUUCACCCCGCCGCUAAGCCGUAACCUAUCCAUAUACAUAACGAUCCAAGACGCGUCACUAGUCCUAUACCUCCGAGCCCUCGAACCCGCCGACGCCCCCGUAAACUUCGGGACCAAGCUCGCGCUCGCAAUCGGCACCACACGACGGCUAGAACACGACGAGGCAGAUCGGGUAUUCACCUACCGCUGCGACGAGUCGACCUCCAUCGAGGGCAUCGAAUCGCAUCCACAACCACAGCUAGAAGGAAGGAAAGGAGUCGAAGUCUACGUGCGCGAGAAAGUAUGCGUCGAGAGCGCGGACCCGAGUUUACUUUCGUUAUCAGCGAAGCUUACCGCGCUGGGGAACACGUUGGGACUUGCGAGGAGGAAUUUAGCUGCUGUCAUGGGGGAGGAGGUAGAGGAUUAAUAUACAUAAAAGCCUAGGGUUGAAUAGGACCCACUGCAUUAUGGCGGGAAAACAACACAUGAAUAUGAAGCGUAGCUAAAAACAAGCGAAAUGAUUCGCAUUGCUACCAGUCAAACAACGGUCAUAUCCCUCGGAACUUGAAUGUUCAGAUUUUCCAACCCGAGUUUUCGUGAAACGACUUCCGAUCUCAGCGGUAAUA